AUGUCUUUAGCAUCCACCCCAGCAUCGCUGUUCAUCCGUAAGCAAACGGACAAGCUACUGCGAUGCCGUUUUGCUUCGCAUCCUCGCGGCAUAUCUACCGCAUCACCUCGUCCCGCUGUCUGCACUCCACAGCCCGCCGUCCUGACAAGGCGGCCUCAGGUCGCAAGUUCACAAAGCGGGUCUCUUUGCCGGCUAUCUCAGUCUGGCCAUGCUUACAGUACACUCAAGCAAAAGAACCAAAGGCCCGUUGACUACGAUCUUAGGUUCACAAGCCAGGACGUCCCGUUCGGCCAGAUAUGGGAUGAGAAGCGGGAGGCGCUCUUGAAGAGCGGGAUGGAGGCUGAUGCGGUCCGUCUCGAUACUGGGACAUGCAUUAAAGAGGCUAUGAGAUUUGCGGAUGCAGUUGCAAAGGCUGGGAAUGGUUGGAGGCCUAUACGAGCAAAAGACAUGAAAUUCUCAGCCAGCGACCUCUACUACAUGGGUAUCCUUCUUCGAACACCACCCGUGGUCUCACUCAACGUCAUUUACCUUGGAAAGCAAAUGCUCCUCUCCGCCGGCGAAAUGGGCCACGGCCUCGCCAUCAUCACCAAUGCGAGUCUAGCCCUGAAUGACUUCUGGAGCCGCGGCAUUAAGCAACUGCCCAAGAGACACGAGUCUGUCGAGUUUUGGAAAAUUAUGGACCGCUUCACCAGUUACGCCCAGCGCGUCAAAGAGGACCCGGAUGUCCUAACCGUGUCCGGCAUUAUGGCCAUCUACCAAGGCGACAAGGCCAAAGCAAUUAAGCACCUGCUCGCAGCGGAGAUGGCGGGAAGGACACGUGCGGCACGUCAAGGCGAUCAUGGAGACCCACCGAGCGCCGGAGCCGACUCGUCGUCGCCGGUGACGUCAACGGACCAGAGGCGCCGGCCAAGAUGGGACCUCGAGUGUCAAACCCUCCUCGCGCUGGGCACGCUGCUUGAAAAGAGCGGUCAGCGGGAUGCUGCCAAGGCAGCGUUCUCGACGGUCGCGUACGAGCUCGACAUCCCCGAGGCCUGUCACCGCCUGGGACUCCUGCUCUCUCCCGACGAUCCUGCCGAGGCGGAGGAGAGGGAGGCGCUCCUGUCCCGCGCUGCCAUGUCGGGAAUCGAGGGAGCUUAUGCCCCGCUGGCUGAGAUUGAGGGGAAAAAGGCUAAGGCUGCACUGGCGGCUGGCUUUCUGGAAGACGCUGCGCAUCACAGAGACAUGGCCCAACAGUGGUUGGCCAUGGCCCUAGAUACUGUGCGUAAAUAG